GGGUGCCUAGGGCCGCGGGCCGGUGAGCCGGGCCGCGCUGCUGUCGCUGGCCUCCUGGCCUCGCCCCCUCCGUCGCCGCCGCCCGCCUUCGCGGAGGAGACAGCCUUCACUUUCCGUCCCUCUGCGAGCGCGACGCGGGGUGCCCCGCCCCGCCCGACAGGUGCUGCCCUCUGAGUCGCGGAUUCUGACGCGGAGCCUGACUGCUGCCCUCCUGAUCUGGCCCGUGCGCCUGGGUAGCCGGAGUUUAUACUGGAGGAACACGGGCUGCGCAGGUACAAAACUCAAAACAUGAUCAACGAUAUAUAUUACCAAUGUUCAAAGCUGAUUUGGUUAGAACUGGAAUACAGUUGCCUGCAACAUAUUCCUGAGGAAUUAGAAAAGUCAAAGUAAUGGAUAACAGAAAAUAUCCUCCAUUCUUCAAUGAAGAUAACAUGGGAGCAUUUUACUACAGACUUCCUUUCUAUGAUACCAUGGAGCUCUUCAUUGAAACACUGACUGGAACAUGUUUUGAGCUGAUAGUUUCACGCUUUGAAGCUGUUAUUUCUGUGAAAGCAAAAAUUCGAAGAUUGGAAGGUAUUCCCAUCUGUCAGCAGCACUUAAUUUGGAAUAACAUGGAACUUGAAGAUGAUUAUUGCUUGAAUGAUUACAACAUUUCAGAAGGUUGUACCUUGAAGCUGGUUUUGGCUAUGCGUGGUGGACCUAUAAAUACUAGAAGAGUUUUUCCAUUUGUCGUUCCUAUGGAAGAUCCACUUAGGGAGAUGGCUGAGUACAUGGAUUCCAGUCGAGAUGAGGUCUGGGAGAAGACCUCCUGCAACAAACAAGUUACAUUUCUGGUAUACCGAGAAGGAGAUCAAUUGAAUUUCUUUCGUGUAGUAGACAGGGGAGAUGGCACUUUAACACCAUUAUCUGAAUCUUUAAGGUAAAUAGAUUUUCAUUUGCAUGUCUCACUUAGAAAAGGAGAACAUUGUAUGAGUGGUGGUUCUGUGUAUAAUUUGCAUACUGAUGAAGAUGAGAAAAUUGAGCCUUCUCCUUCUGGGAAACAGAUAGUUGAAAAUUCAAUAACUAUGAAUAAGAUGAAACUGCUGAAGGCUAAGAUGGAGAACAUGAAUCUCAGCAAAAAGCCUAAGAAAGCUGUCAAGGUAAAACCUCAUCCACCUGUAGUUCCUCGACCUUCCAGUAGUUCCACCGCAGCUGCUCGCCACAGAUUGUUAAGGGUUCUCCCCAACAUUGGGCAGUCUUGUUUACCUUCUCCUGGGAACACAUAUCUGCCUGACUCGGCCAGCAAUGCCAUUUCAAGUUUGGCAGCUCUGCCCCCUGCUGAUAGAUCCAUAUCAUCUAUCGCUAGUGAUUUUCUUAAGGAAGACGAUAACUGGGAGAGUAACACACAGUCUCAUUCCAAUGGUGGCUUCAAACUACCACCUCAGAUACCCGCUAUGGAGUUUGAAAAUGACAAAGAGCUUGCUGAUUCUAUUCUCCAUCUUGGAUCAUCCCUACCUAGUCAGACAAAAAACUUUUCAGGAAAUUUGUCAUCUAAUAAUGAGGAUGACACUGUUUUAUCUCCAACUUCAGAAGAGUGUGUAACUGAAGAAUCGCUUCUACCUGAAGUGGGUUCGUUUGCUUCCUUUACCGAAGGAAUUGCUGAUGAACAGAGCAGUGGCUUAGAAGGCACACGGAAGGUAAAUCCAGAAUUCUCACUCACUAAUGGUGAUAAAGGGUUGAAAGCCACAGAGCAGCAUCUUAAAUAUGUUGCAAGAGUGUCGAGUGGUGAAUCAGUAGAAACUGCAGUUCUCGACCACCGUGAAUUAAGUCCUCACAAGAAUAGACUCUUAUCACCUCUUCACUGUUCUGCACCAAUGUCACUACAUAACUCUCUGGUGAAACCACAGAGACAGUCCAGAUGUUUUGAGUCUGGGAAUCUCCAGUCUUCUGCUUCACAAAAUGUGCUUCGGUCGCUGGACGUUGGAAAUAUAACUGAUUCUUCUUUCUCUAGGACUCCUUGCUUUCGAGCUGUUAAAGUCGAUUCACCUGGGAAAAGAUCUGAUAUUAUUUCUAAAGUUGAGGCUCGGGAUAUCACAGAAAUGGCUAACAAGGCAUCCAAAGAGCCUGUUGGUUGUGUAAAUAAUAUAGGUUUUCUUGCUUCACUGGCCCGGAGCGCAAGCAGAGACAGCUUGCAGAGCACACGUCGGGCAGGCAGGCUUCGAACCUCUGGAAUUGGGCUGUUUACAAACCUCCAGCAUUUUCAGGAAGAAAGCCUUAGGAAAAGUUCUCCCCAGUUAGAACCUACAGAAUUUUUUUUAUCUGCCCGUGGUAUUGGAAUGAAUGGAAAUAAUACAGCAGCAGGGAAAAGAGUAGGAGAAUGUACUCAUCACCUCCCACCUGUGAAAGCCCCUAUUCAAACAAAGAAGAAAACAACAAAGCAUUGUUUUCUUUGUGGAAAGAAAACUGGACUGGCUACUAGCUACGAAUGCAGAUGUGGAAACAACUUCUGUGCAUCUCAUCGCUAUGCAGAAACUCACAGCUGCACCUAUGAUUACAAGAGUGCAGGGAGGAGAUACUUACAGGAGGCAAAUCCUGUGGUUAAUGCACCAAAACUUCCAAAAAUCUAA